GAAUUCCAGUUGAUGUUGCAGUCAACAUCUUCAUUAACAGCUUUGGGUCAAUUCAAGAGACGACUAUGGAUUAUAGAGUCAACAUCUUUCUAAGACAGAAGUGGAAUGACCCCAGACUCAAGCUGCCCAAUGACUGGAGAGGAUCAGAUACGCUGACAGUGGACCCGACGAUGUUUAAAUGUCUUUGGAAGCCAGACUUAUUCUUUGCAAAUGAAAAAAAUGCUAACUUCCACGACGUCACGCAAGAAAAUAUCCUGCUUUUUAUAUUUCGGGAUGGGGAUGUCCUGGUCAGCAUGAGAUUGUCUAUUACUUUGUCAUGCCCUUUGGACUUGACCUUGUUUCCUAUGGACACACAGCGCUGCAAGAUGCAACUGGAAAGCU